AUGGUGUCCAUCCCGGGGCAGUUCCCUUCAUUAUUGACUUUUGUCCCAGCGGCCGCGCUGGGGGCGGGAGGAAAAUGCGCUUCCGGCCGUGUCGGGACUCGGGAAUCGGGCGGGCUGGCUGCGGGCUGCGGCGCUCGGACCCCGCCUCGGCCUGGGCCUCCCCGCGGGGAGGAUGAGCUGCGGACGGGAGGAGGGGCAGGGCUCCAGAAAGCGGGGACUGAGCUGGGGAGGGGAGGGCCGGCCCGCGCAGACCAGGGGCCCACCGGGGUGCGGGGAGUGGGGGGUGGUGCCCCUGAACUUGGCCGCCCCGGAGGCUUGUGGUCUUUCCACCGCAGGCUGGGCCGGGGAGGCGCCGGGCGGGCGGCUGUUUCUCCUGGAAGGGCCAGCAGCCCGGUCGCCCGCCGGGGCCCUCGCCGGCCCCUCCCCGAGACCUCGAACGUUCCAGAGCCCGGGGAACCCUCACAUCAGCUAGAUUGCCUCACAGUCUCUCAGAUGAACCGGAGGACCAUAUCUUUGCAGUAUCUUCUCCAGGAGCCAUUGCAGGGUUUCUGGCAGAAGAGUGACAUUAUGUGACAUAUUUAAAAUAACCCUUCUGGCUGCUGUGUUGGUAAUGAAUCAAAGAUGCAAGGAUGGAAGCAAGGAAGUCUGCUAAAAGGUAAUUGCAAUAAUGCAUGUUAGGGAAUUCCCUGGUGGUCCAGUGGUUAGGACUCCACACUCCUUGGGCUGCCAAGGGCCCAGGUUCAUCCCUGGUCGGGGGAAAUAAGAUCCUGUGAGCUGAGCGGCAUGGCCAAAAAUAAAAUAAGGGACUUCCCUGGUUGUCCAGUGGUUAAGACUCCGUGCUCCCAAUGCAAGGGGCUAGGUUCCAUCCCUGGUCAGGGAACUAGAUCCUGCAUGCCGCAACUAAAGAUCCUGCAUGCUGCAACUAAGACCCUGUGCAGCCAAAUAAAUAGAUAGACAUUAAAAUAAAAUAAAAGCAGCUUGG